AUGUUGCUGACGGUGCUGAGCAAAAGCCUGGACGACGCGCCGGCAGCCCGAGUCAAUAGUACCAAUAAUAAGGGCUGGAAGGACCUGGCCCGCGCUCUCGGCAUGGAUCGGUAUCUCGACUACUUUGCCUCGCGUCCGAGUCCCACGGAAGCCAUUUUGGACCUGUGGGAAGCGCGGCACGCGGACCGAUCGGCGUCGGCUAUCGGCGAGUUGCUGGACAUCCUGCAGGACCUGGGGCGGAGAGACGUGCUGGCCAUCACUAGCAGCAGCGGGGCCAUGUUGGUGCACACUACCAGCAGGCACGUCAUCUUCGCUAAUGACGAUAAUCAUAAGCAGCACCGUGCAGCAACUUCGUCGGACCCCUGCUCUUGGGUCUGAUGCAGCAUGAUGACCAGCAUCAUCACAUCACGACGAUCGACCUCAACGACCAGAAUCACUUUCAAUUCCCGUUUUCACCGUCCGCGCGUCUAGCUGCAAUAUUUUGUGAGUGCAAGCAUCACGUGUCCCGCGCGUGCUGCAGAGCGCAGUAUGCAGCAACACCAGCAUAUUUUAGCCGUCCGUCUUUUGAUGAUUAUACAGCAGUUCUUGUGCGUGCCAAUAACUUUAUCGAUUCCUGAUGCCCAGCACUUUCAGCAUGCAGAAUCGUCUCUGCUGACCUCCAUCCGGGCUGGCCCACGGUUACGCCAGUAUACUGUAUAAGGUUUCGCUUCUAUUAUUAUUUAAAACUACACGUACCCCCAGCUCAUCACAAUUAUUCAUUAUUUUGUUAUACCUCUUCAUUAUUUCCCAUACACACGUUCUCCCUCAUCCCGACUCUACAUGGCUCGAGCAGAAAUGCGAGCAAUCCGACCUCAAAUCCCUCCCCCAGUAUACGUAUAUACUGUACUGUACAUGUCCGGUUCUGAGCACGGCAGUUGACAGUACCUGUACAUGGUUCUCCUUCCGCCGCCGACUGAUGUUAUCGUCGCCAAGAAUGCCCCCGGCUCGAAACGACGAGAUGUUGUCAUUAUUGCGCAAUGCAUGCACAUGCGCACCAGUCCCGUCCAUCGCAUCGUCGUCGUCGUCGUCGUCGUCGUUGUCCACCAGCUGGACACGUGCAAUUGCUGCACGAGCAGCAUGCAGAAGAAGGGCUGCAUGAUGCUGUGUAGAUAUAGAGAAUGUCAGAACAAAGCCCUAUUAUAUAUAUGCGCCUUCAAGCAGCAUGUAUGCUGGUCGUAGCACAGUCAUGAUCAGCAUAGAGCCAGUGCAGCAAUAAUACUACUGUACUGAUGAACCAUCCAUCCAUCGCGGAUUCGUGGUACAUCAGUACUAGCAUUAAAAUGACGUGUCCCGUGUGCAUCUUCAUCAUCAUUGUCCCGUUAGUAUAGUAGCAGUAACGUUGCGUAAAAAGUUGAAAGAAAAGAGGAUAUACUGUACAGCAGUAAAUUGAAGAAAGAAAAAGUUCGGCAGAUGGCUUGCAGGACUACGCCAGCCUCAGCCUGAGUGAUGGAAGACGAACUCGUAAUCCAACAAACAAGGAACAAUAGAUGGCAAUAUAUUGAGUGACCUUUUACUUCACAUAUGCAGUACUGUACUGUAUUUCUCUUUUGCGGAAAUGGGGUAAAAACGCGCGUUCAUCAUCUAUGGAUCCAGUAGCACACGUAUACGAUCAACUGCAGGUUCAUGUUCAGCAGUCGAACACAAGAAAGGCAAAGAACGGAGAACAAGCCUUGCUCUUUGAUCGUUCCAUUCCUAUACUGUAUGCUGCAGGCCACGGUUAAUAUUGCAAGCAUUCUUUCGUUACCGUCCGGGCCGUUACUCGCCUGUGCAGUACAGUACAGUGAGUACACAUGCUCUAGCAGACGAAGUCAUCAGCAGAUGAGGACCUCCGCCAGAAUUAAGGCGCAUAUAUGCUGUCUUUAUGCCGUGUGUGACGACUGACGAUCGCCUCGUCACCAUCAUCCGAUCCCGGUGAGCGCGUGUUGUUGAGAAUCGAGUUGAUCCUGUAUGUACGGUAUACAUAUACGUACACAUCUUGCAUGGAAUAAGGGAUGAUGAUGAUGAUGACGACGACGACGACGACGACGACGAGUGGACGCAGAUGAUGUUUUAAGAAAGUUAUUGUGAAUAAGAAGAAAUGGAGGAAGAGCGAGUAUCGUUGGAUCGAGAGACGACAAAAAAGGCUGUGAUGAGGAUUUAUUUUUUCUUGAUUUCGGUUUUCUUUUCUUCUUCUCUCCUUAUUAUUAUUAUUUUUUAAGCCAUGCUUGUGUGCUUGUAAAUUUGGAAUGGGCCGAAUCGAAUCGCUGAUGGUAUUGAAAAACCCAUCACUCAUGAGCACCCCUGCACGUACUGCUGCAUUCCUGCGGACGACGAGUAUAGGGGAAUCGACACGUUCAGAAAAUCAUGUGUAGAGGACUGGUUUUACAAAUACAGUUCCGAUGUACGGUAUACCACGAGGCAUAGACGAGGGAAUCCUCAACAGCAGCAGCAGGAAAUGAAUCAAGCAAGGGGUCAUCUUUUAUUUGAUUUUUCUUUGUUUUUUUUUCUGACACGAUGCUGAUGGUCCGUAUCAGCAGUACCACACCAGCAAAGGGACCCAGCAGCCAUCCAUCCAUCCAUCCAAUCAAUCAAUCAAUCCAUCCAUGUGCAUGCAUGCACCAACCAGCUGUAUUAUUUCAGUGGAAUGAAUUCUGUGUUCCCACCAAAUUAUGCCAAUCAAAGUUGACCUGCUGCCAUGCAAAGAAAUGCAUUCGAUUGCUGCGAAAGCUAUUUACAGCAGCAUACGCGCGAGAGCUGCUGUAAUGUACAGCUCAUAUUACAGGAUAACGUCUGGCUUAUUUUUCAAGCGUUUCUUCCAAACAUCCUGGCAUAAAAUGCAAACAUGAUUCUUCCAUUGCUUUUUUUGUUUUCGUCUUCUGGUUAUUGUUGCCACUGUAUGUACUUGAUUGUUUCGUUUUUUUCUUUUGUCCCGUUGUUUGCUGCCAUGAUGCGCAGCGAGUAUUCCAUUGAUGGAUGAUGCAUGUUCCGGCCGUUCACUUCUUUGAUGAUGCUGCUUGAUGUUGAUGUUGAUGUGGAAAUAAUAACGCAGCCGCGAGAGCUGUUCUUCCAAAAUAA